AUGGGUCCUGCCAACAUCAAACUGAACCCUGUAGGAGCCGCUAUGUUUUUAGCGGUAGCAUUGUGUUUGGUCAUAUAUGCGUUUGGUGUUCCAAAUUGGUUUAACAGGGAACCUACUGUAAGUAUGAAAGAACUCCUGACAGCAAGCAUCGAAUUAGCUAGACGUGGAGGCGCAAGAGUCAAGGAAAUUCGAUUGAAAAACAGCUUAGGAGAAACGGUGAAAGGCAAGACGAAGGAGGGGGCAAAGGAGAUGCUAACUGAAGGAGAUUCAGAAUCCCACAGAGCAAUUGUAUAUGGGAUGUCGAAAGCAUUCACUGGUAUUCAGAUUAUAUCGGAGGAGAAGGAUUUAAAACCUGUUGAUUUUAAAACAAUUGACGAUGUCAGCAAAACACUUGAAGAGGUAGAAAAUGUUAUCAAGGGUGAUGAAAAAGUGCCAAAGAAGGACAUAACAGUGUGGGUAGAUCCCUUGGACGCCACUCAGGAAUACACAGAAAACUUACAGGACUAUGUAACAGUAAUGAUUUGUGUAGCAGUGAGAGGAUCACCAAGAAUAGGAGUUAUAUAUAAACCUUUCAGGCAGCAAAUAGCCUGGGCCUGGGUAGGAUACGGUCACUCUGAUAAUCUCAAAGUUUCACAGAAGAGUACAUCAGAUAGUAAAGUAAAGCCUCUGAGAACCAUUAUUGUAUCACGGUCACACAGUGGGCCAGUGGAGAAGAUUGCCAAAAAAGCAUAUGGAAAUGAUACCAAAAUAGUUCCUGCAGGUGGUGCAGGCUACAAGACUUUGGAAGUCAUUAGAGGAAACGCUGAUGCAUAUGUACAUAUAACACUUAUCAAGAAAUGGGACAUCUGUGCUCCAAAUGCUGUUUUAUCUGCUUUAAAUGGCAAAAUGACCACACUUGAAGGAGAUACUAUAGACUACAAGUACAAAACAGAAGGGGAUGUGAAAAAUCAUGAUGGACUUUUGGUUACAGCAGCUGCUAAUGAUCAUUACGAAUUCCUCAGUAAGUUAUCAAAGGUUGCAGAAGAAGCUAAAAAAUCAGUCAGUUCUAAACACUGACAAAAUCAUUUUUUUAUUUUUAGCAUUGGGUUUGUAUAUUGGGUAAUUUGGGUCAAUACAACUAGAUGUUAUGUUGUAAAUUAACAUUCGUUGUAAAACAGAUCUCAUGAUGUGUACUGCAAAUCUAUCGUUACAUUUUCUUAAGAUGUCUACAGAAUCAUGUAUAAUGUAAAUGUGAAAGCAAUGCUCACUAUUAUGAAGGAUAUUCAUUUUUUUGAGAAAUAAUUAUCUCCCUUGACAUAUAACUCUCUAGUGAUUUAAAUAUAACACAUGUGAUAACAGGAUUUCUAGGAAACCAAAGCAUUAAUAAAUUUUCCUCUGAUAUUGAUUAAUUUGCAAGGAGUUUUUACAGAAAUAUAUACAAAACAAAAUACUGUAAACAUGCAUAUUUUCGCAGUAUUGCGCUAAAAUAUGAGUGCGCUAACAGUAAUUUCUGAAUGCUGUUCAUGUUUAUAGCGAUCCUUGUAGACGAGCAAAUGCAGCAUUUGCUAAUUCACUGAAGUGUGAUAAUGAGCUAAAAUUUGCACCGCCUGAAGUAACAUUUACAGUAAUCAUUUUAUUUGUAAACAUUAUGCAUGGUUUUUUUUUCUUCUGUAACUGUUUUUUUUUCAAAUUUCACUUCAAACUUUAUAUUUUUUAAUUUGUUCCUUGUUACAUGUCACUAUUCAAGACAAAGUAUUUGUUUAUCAUUUUUCA